AUGUCGACUGUGACAAGUGCUCAGACACCAGAGGAGCCUAAUUCUCCCCCCCUCGAAGAAAAGCCAAAGGGAAAAUCACUAUUUCAUUUGGGUUCACUCUUUGCUAACAGAAGUGAAAAGUUUGUAAUUGCUAGGAGUGACAGCGUGCCAGAGGAGAACGUGCUGAAAAUAACCAUCACAGAGACCACAGUCAUUGAGUCGGACUUGGGCAUCUGGAAUUCUCAUGCUCUCAUCUACCUCACUUUGUGGUUUUUCUUCAGCUUUUGCACUCUUUUUCUUAACAAAUACAUUCUUUCGUUACUGGAAGGAGAGCCCAGCAUGCUAGGUGCUGUUCAGAUGCUUUCAACCACCUUCAUCGGUUGUAUCAAAAUGUUUGUUCCAUGCUGCUUGUAUCAACACAAAACACGCAUCUCUUAUCCUCCCAAUUUCAUCAUGAUAAUGCUGUUUGUUGGAUUAAUGAGAUUUGCAACAGUUGUCUUGGGUCUUGUCAGCUUGAAGAAUGUGGCAGUUUCAUUUGCAGAAACUGUUAAAAGCUCUGCACCUAUUUUUACUGUUAUCAUGUCUCGGAUGAUCCUGGGGGAAUACACUGGAUUGCUGGUUAAUCUCUCCCUAAUUCCUGUUAUGGGUGGACUAGCUCUGUGUACAGCUACUGAAAUCAGUUUCAACAUUCUAGGUUUCUCGGCAGCUUUAUCUACUAAUAUCAUGGACUGUUUGCAAAAUGUCUUUUCCAAAAAACUACUCAGUGGAGAUAAAUACAGAUUUUCAGCCCCGGAGCUUCAGUUCUACACAAGUGCUGCUGCAGUGGUUAUGCUUAUUCCAGCCUGGAUAUUUUUCAUGGAUGUGCCUGUGAUUGGGAAAAGUGGGAGGAGUUUCAGCUACAACCAAGAUAUUGUCAUACUUCUCUUAAUAGAUGGAGUCUUGUUCCACCUACAAAGUGUUACAGCCUAUGCCCUGAUGGGAAAAAUUUCUCCUGUGACUUUCAGUGUUGCCAGUACUGUGAAGCAUGCACUGUCGAUCUGGCUAAGUAUUAUUGUGUUUGGUAACAAAAUCACAAGCCUCUCAGCCAUUGGGACUGUUCUAGUGACAAUUGGAGUUCUACUAUAUAACAAGGCAAAGCAGCAUCAGCAAGAGACUAUACACAACCUGGCAGCUGCAGCCCCACAAUCUGCACAAAGUACAGCUGAAGAUACCGAGCCACUCAUGUCCAAGGAUUUGGAACCAUAUGAUUAAUGUGGCCAUUUAUUCUUCCAGCCCAGCAUAACUCAAAGGAAGGAACUCUUCCUGAAAGUGGUUGUUUCUUCAACUGUUGAUGCUGAUUCACUUCCUUUGAGUUCAUGGCAGGUCAAGUCUGGGACUUGAAACAGAGAGAAAACAAUGGGAAGAAUCCAGUAAACCUCGAUUUACUGAGAAACUGGUCUACCAAACAGGGGACCUAAUGUCAUAUAAUGUGGUAAAUGUGGGCUUUAUUGUCUGUCUGUGACUGCAAAUAACAUACAAGCCUGUAU